AAUGUGACAAGGAUACAGCUGUCCAGUUUUGAUAAAAUGAGAUUGAGUGCCAGAAAUGUAGAAAGGAUACUGGAACAAAAUGUCAACCCAAGCAGUCUUCGUCUUUUAUCACUUAACGACAGUGUUAUGGUGUUUGAAAUGGAGAUCGCCUACAAUACAUCUACGAUGAUCAACUCACUCCUCUCCCGUGCCCGGAUAGAACUCUGUCAGACAAAGGUCCCGGGAACCAGUAAAGGUCGGUAUAGUAAUGGCGACGGGAAGAAUAACUCCAGUAAGACGGGGGCGGACGCUGGUGGAGUGUUGGGAGCCCUCUUUGUCACCGUCCUCGGCAUUGUGAUGUUUCUCUUAUACAGGUAGUUAGAGUAAAACUUGAAACUGAUACCAUAUACAAUACAACGCCAUACACUGUAUACAGGUACUACAUACCAGAUACAAUACGUCAUACACUGUAUACAGGUACUACAUACCAGAUACAAUACAACGUCAUACACUGUAUACAGGUACUACAUACCAGAUACAAUACAACGUCAUACACUGUAUACAGGUACUACAUACCAGAUACAAUACGUCAUACACUGUAUACAGGUACUACAUACCAGAUACAAUACAACGUCAUACACUGUAUACAGGUACUACAUACCAGA